AUGACAGAGACCGAAGGUGCUGCUGUCGAACACGUAGAACCUUUGCCGAUUUACACACCGCAAGAGAAUUCUUCAACUUCGUCAACAUCGCAGACUCCCUCCUUUACCACUGGUGCAACUUCAUCUCUUAAUCCUACAGCUGUAACGUCGCCCCCUGCUCCUAUAGCAACAGUAGCAUCUACUUCAACAACAGCAGCACCACCACCAGUAUCUCCCGACGAAUUGCCACCCAGUUAUGAUGAGGCAAUUAAUCCAUGA